GAAGAAGCUGAUGAGAAAAAAGUGAAAGGAGCGAGUCUGUUGGACAUAUUAAAGUAUGCAAGACAGGAAUGGUGUCAGCUGGCCGUAGCACUUAUCCUCGCGGUGGUCCGUGGUAUGACGUUCCCAGUGUUUUCGAUCAUUUAUGGCCGAAUGUUCAAGACGUUAACAAGCGGCAGCAAUUCUGAGAAGUUGCACGGAGCGGCUAUGAAUGCCAUUUGGUUCUCGUUGCUGGGGGUUUCAACCGGCAUCAGCACGAUGAUUUCCGGCUAUCUCUUUCGGGAGGAUCGGAUGGCGAAUACUUACUCACGAAUCAUGCAUCGGAAAGCAAUCGAUCAACGUCUAGCCGAUGUCGUUGGAGCUGUGUCGUCGAUGAUUGGAGGAACGUCGAUCGCGUUUUCCUAUGGCCCGGCUAUGGCCCCGAUCGGUGUUCUCACUGCUGGUGCUCUUAUCACUCUACAAACUCUCGUCGCACGUUACUUAAAAGUACGUGGUCAACGUGACGCUGUACUAGCAGAGGAACCGUCAAGGUUGGCAACCGAAGCAAUAGAACAGCAUAAAACAGUCCAAUAUCUGACAAAGGAACAACUGUUUGUAGACAAAUUUGUCACUCAAAUGCGUGGUCCACAUAGACGAGCAAUAUUUCGAGUGUUUUGUAACACCGUUUCAUCUUCGGCCUUCAACUUUGCUAUCGCCUAUCGGUACGGUAUUUGGCUGGUUCGUAGAAGGAUCUGUUCUCCAUACACAGUGUUCCAGGUAAUUGAAGCACUGAACACUGCAUCGAUGUCGCUGAUCGCCUUCGCCACGUACUUCCCUGAAUACGUCCGUGCCCGACUGUCCGCUGCGCUUCUUUUCCAGAUGCUGAGGGAUAAACCCCGAAUUGACAGCCUUUCCCCUCUAGGAAAACAUACUACGUUGCAAGGAUCUAUUCACUUUUCGCGGCUCACGUUCUCGUAUCCUGUCAGUCGAAGAGCUAUGGUACUGAAAGGCAUCACUAUAAAGAUUCCUGCGGGAAAAACUGUGGCGCUAGUUGGACCCAGCGGUUGUGGGAAGAGCACCUCCAUCCAACUAAUCGAGAGAUUCUACGAUCCAGUGGCUGGUGCGGUGUUGUUUGAUGAAGUGGAUGCUCGUGAACUAAACUUGAGGCAUCUGCGAUCACAAAUCUCCCUUGUCGGCCAAGAGCCUAUUCUAUUCAAUUAUUCUAUCAGGGAGAAUAUUGCGUACGGUUUUGAAGAAGCAACUACCGCUCAAAUCGAAGACGCAGCUAAACUGGCCAACGCCCACAACUUCAUCGUCAAAUUGCCUUCAGGUUACGACACGAUCGUUGGUGAGCGAGGAAGUAUGCUGUCAGGGGGGCAAAAACAGCGAAUCGCAAUCGCUCGAGCUGUGAUCCGUGACCCAAAAAUUCUUUUGUUAGAUGAAGCCACAAGCGCCUUGGACACUGAAAGCGAGCGGGUUGUGCAAGAAGCGCUGGAGAAGGCAAGACAAGGCCGAACUUGUGUUAUUAUCGCUCAUCGUCUGUCUUCUAUCCAAAAUGCGGAUCAUAUAGUCGUUAUAAAAGAUGGAAUGGUUGAGGAGCAAGGAACACACCAGCAAUUGUUGGCGAGAGAAGGUCUCUAUGCAAGCCUAGUCACCAAACAGGAUCUCAAAUAA